AGUACAGUGUCUGGCUAAUGUUUUGCAGUAUCACCUGACGACUUUAAAGUCAUAUGACCGACAGUGGACGAAAAUCAAAAACCUCAGGUCAAAAGAUCGUACAGGUCCACCACAUUCGUCCACCUUCAUCAAACAUUCAUCAAAAUGUUUUCUCAGCGCAUCUUGUUUUAUCUUUUUGCCAUUUGUGUGCAUAUCGCGUGCGGCAUGUAUGAUCCAGAUGAAGUGCUGGAUCUGCCGGGAAUGUCCUUUAAACCCAAUUACCGCCAGUGGUCAGGAUAUCUGAAGGCCCGCCCUGGCAAAUUUUUGCACUAUUGGUUUGUGACUUCUCAGAGGGACCCGCUUAAGGAUCCAGUCGUUCUGUGGCUGAACGGAGGGCCAGGCUGCAGCUCUUUGGAUGGGUUUCUAUCAGAGAAUGGCCCGUUCCAUGUAAAUGACGAUGGAGCCACUCUGUACGAGAAUGAAUUCAGCUGGAAUAAAAUUGCCAACAUUCUGUAUCUUGAGUCACCUGCCGGAGUUGGUUAUUCCUACUCGGACGACCAAAAAUAUGAAACUAAUGACGAUGAGGUGGCAGACAACAACUACCUAGCCUUGCAGAGCUUUUCUGCCAAAUUUCCUAAUUUCACCCAGAAUGAGUUUUUCAUUUUUGGUGAGAGUUAUGGAGGCAUUUACGCACCAACGCUCAGUUUGAGAGUUGCUACAGGUGGCCAGCUUAAAGUAAACUUUAAGGGCUUUGCUGUGGGAAAUGGCAUUAGUAGCUUUGCGUUGAAUGACCAAUCACUAAUCUACUUUGGGUACUAUCAUGGGCUAUUUGGAGAACAGCUGUGGAAGGAUCUGAAUGACAACUGCUGCCAAAAUGGAGUCUGUAACUUCUACAACAAUUCUAAAGAGUCUUGCUCUGUUUGGGUAUUGCAUGCAUUUCAUAUAGUUUAUAACUCUGGAUUAAAUGAAUAUGCUCUGUAUCUUGAUUGUGCUGGUGGUAUUGGAUCUCAGAAGACCUAUCGGAGUGCCAUGAUGCACCUCUUUAGAAACUUCAGGAAGCAUUGGGAAGCUAAUCAUUUAGUGGGAAGAACUCCAAGUGUUAAUGCAGUGCCUCCAUGCAUCAAUAGUACUGCUCAAAUUAACUGGCUUAACCGAGGAGAUGUGAGGAAGGCACUGCACAUCCCUGAUGUACUACCACCAUGGGACAUCUGCAGUGAUGUAGUGGGAAGCCAAUAUCACACAAUCUACCAAACUGUCAAGGAAGUCUAUGAGAAGCUAUUGGCUUUGGGUCUGAGAGCUUUGGUCUAUAAUGGAGAUACUGAUAUGGCUUGUAACUUCCUUGGAGACCAGUGGUUUGUUGAACAGCUUGGACAGAAGGCAACCACAGAGUACCAGCGCUGGCUGUAUGAUAACCAGAUUGCUGGAUUCUACCAACAAUUUGGCAACAUCACUUUCCUCACUGUCAAGGGAGCUGGUCACAUGGUUCCUCAGUGGGCUCCUGGUCCAUCUCUCCACAUGUUGCAGAGUUUCCUAUCCAAUAAGCCUUACUGAAUUUCCAUCAGACCACAUCUUGUCUCAGAGCACCAAAUCUGAUUUUUAAAUGUGGUGCUGGAUAGGAGCCUGUGGAUAGGAAUGAAAUCCGACAUAAAGCUGAAUCAGAAAUGUAAUAGCUCUCAGGGACUGUGGGUGUCUGUGUGUUUGAAUGAGCUUUGAAAUUUUGUUAAAUUCUUUGCUAUUUUAUUGAUUGUUUGAAUCUUUUUAAAAGAGAUUUUUUCUCUUGAACAUUAGGGUUGGCUUUACAGGCUUGCAAUACUAUAUCACGGUGAUGUUGAUAAUGUAGGUAAACUAUAGCUGGACUUUUAAAACUUCACAUAAUCUCUGUUUUGUAUGGUACACACACAAAUGAUUAACUUUUUAAAAUUGUAUUAUGACUAUCACAUUUUAAAUUGUCAAAUUCUGUUUCAUUCUCACCUGGCUACCAUUAUAGGUUAUGUUGAAUUGAAUGAAGUAUAGGAUGCUCAUUUGUAAAUUCUGUUAAAUAAAUUUUUGA